ACUUUAUUCGUGUUUCCAUUGGUUUCCAUCACUGUGACAAUAUUGAGGCAGUAGCAUCGUGUUUCGCUGCGUAUAGUUGUAUUAGAUGUCAAGAUAAAAAGUAUCGUAUUUUACUCGCACGACAACCGUGUCCAUCGAAAUGUAAUUAGUGUACAUAUAUUGUUAUAGCUAAUUUUCAAUGAGGAUGACAAUGGCAUGGGCGAAGGUUAAAGGACAUCUAGGAGUGGCCAUUGAUAACUUUGCAUACGCGCGCGAGUCCCCCCAUACCAUACAAUUAACAGUUGGGGAAGUGGUACAUAUAUCAGCAGAGUGUGGAGACUGGUAUUAUGGACGAAGCAAAAUUAAUGGAACAUCAGGAAUCUUCCCAAAAUCCUACAUACAUAUUAUAGAAGAAUCAAAAAGUAAGGAUUGUCUGAUACAUGAAAUUACUAAUGUUUUGAGAGAAUGGGGGCAUCAUUGGAAGCAUUUAUAUGUGAUUCAUUCAGAACACUUCUUAAACAUGAAACAGCAACUUUUAGAAUUAAUAGAGUACAGAAGCAAAAUUUUAAGUGGCACAUUGACAGUGGAUGAGUUGAAAGACAUGAAAAGACUAGCAACAGCUAGGAUUGACACUGGUAAUCAGUUAUUGGGUCUGGAUAUGGUUGUUCGGGAUGAUCAAGGAAAUGUCCUUAAUCCUGAACAAACAAGUACAAUUCAGUUGUAUUAUCAUCAUGAAACAGCUGCUGAAAGAAUAAGAAAGGCAGCUAAUGAUAUGAAAAAGAAGCCUUCAAAGCCACAAGCACCUGUUUAUUCACAUAUCUUCUUUGUUAGUGUAAGGAAUUUUGUAUGUAAAAUGACUGAAGAUGUUGAAUUAUUAUUGACACUGUAUGAUGGUCGUGAAAUGAAAGCAAUUACUGAAAACUAUGUAGUUUCAUGGAGCAAGGAAGGAUUAGCCAGGGACAUAGAUCAACUUCAUAAUCUUCGAGUUCUAUUUACUGACCUUGGUUCUCGUGACCUGGCCAGGGAUAAGGUUUAUUUAGCUUGUUAUGUAAUUAGGGUAGGUGGUAUGGAAGCUAAAGAUAUUGAUCACAGACGCUCAAGUGUUGCACAGGCUCAUCAAAAAACUAAAAGCGCUGAAAAUAUGAGGAGACCUUUUGGUGUAGCAGCCAUGGAUAUCACUUUGUACGUUACUGGCAAACUUGAAGGUGAUUCAGAUCACCAUCAUUUCAUUCCAUUUAUACAAUGUUGUGAGAAAGAAAGUUUAGAUGGCACAUUACGAAGAAUUCUUUCCCAAAAGGAAGCAAGCAUUCAAAAAAGUGGUAACUGCAAUAGUGGCAGCUUUACUGGUGGUCAGGGGCUGUGGGCUAGUAUGAAGUUACUCAGAGGAGAUCCAAAACAGGUUCGAGAUGAAAAUCCUCACUUAGUACUCGGUAACGUUGCUAUCGCAAGGAAGAUGGGCUUUCCGGAAGUUAUUUUACCGGGUGAUGUGAGAAAUGACCUGUAUCUAACUUUGAUUAGUGGUGAAUUCAAUAAAGGAUCAAAGUCUACCGAUAAGAAUGUGGAAGUUACGGUUAAAGUAUGCAAUGAAUUUGGUACUCCAAUACCAGGUGUUAUGACCCUGGGUGGUGGAGCAUCACCAAUUGACGAAUAUCGUAGUGUCAUUUAUUAUCAUGAAGACAAGCCAAGAUGGUGUGAAACUUUCAAAAUUGCUAUACCCAUUGAAGAAUUCAAACAAGCCCACUUAAAAUUCACGUUCAAACAUCGUAGUUCGAAUGAAGCAAAAGAUAAAUCAGAAAAACCUUUCGCCUUAAGUUACGUGAAAUUGAUGCAACGUAACGGGACCACAUUGCGAGAUAUACAGCACGAAUUGCUAGUUUAUAAACUAGACCAAAAAAAAUAUGAGGAAAUUGAUAUCUCGUAUUUGAAACUUCCAUCGACUAGGGGUGAAUUGGUGGAACUAAACGUUGAAAAGAAACCAACCUUAGGAGCACUUACUUUGAGUACUAAGGAUAGUUUUCUCAUAGCCACCAAUAUUUGUUCAACAAAACUGACACAAAAUAUAGAUUUGUUAGGCUUAUUGAAUUGGGCAUCGCAUAACACGGAUUUAAGAGAAUCUUUAGCUGCUUUGAUGAAAGUCGAUGGUGAAGAAGUAGUUAAGUUUUUACAGGAUGUUCUGGAUGCUUUAUUUAAUAUACUAAUGAGUAAUUCGGAUAGUGAUGUCUACGACGAUAUGGUGUUCGAAUGUUUGUUGUUCAUUAUUGGUUUAGUGUCUGAUAGAAAGUAUCAACACUUUCAACCAGUAUUAGAUUUAUACAUUUCUGAGAGCUUUUCAGCGACACUCGCUUACAAGAAAUUAAUUGCAGUAUUACGUAAACGUAUAGAUAAUGCCUGUAACAAUGACGGACAAGAGCGUGAUAUACUUCUUAAAACAAUGAAAAGCCUUCAAUACUGUAUGCGAUUUGUGGUUGAAUCUCGUCUUCUAUUUACCGAGUUGAACCAAGACGAAGAAGAAUUUUCUCAGACCUUAACGGAACUAUUGAAAUCGAUAGUUGAACUUAUGAGACAUGAAACGGACAGUACCUUAUUGGUACAAGGAGCGUGUCUUAAAUAUUUACCGACAACUAUACCUCAUUUAUUGCGAGUAUAUAGUGGCAAACAGUUAAGCACAAUAUUAACUGAUUUACUAGUUACUCUGCCAACAGGCAGAUUAACUAAACAGAAAAUGAUGACAGUAAACGACAUCGUUCACAGUCCCCUCUUUUUAAAGGCAGAAUGUAGAGCAAUUUUAUUGCCUAGGAUUACUAUUUUGGUUCGAGAUUUAUUGGAAGCUAAAGAAGAGGGGCUGUCAAGUACGACUGGAAAAAGCGUGGCGAAGGUAGCCAGGCUGCUUGGUGAGAAUCGACAUCGACUCAAACAGCACCGCGGCUAUUCCGAAGAGGUUGAACUAUGUGUCAGGAUUUUAUCUGACAUAUUGGAAUUAACAUUUAGAAAAGACAUAGGAAGCACAAUGCAGGAUGUUAAAGAGAUCAUGCUUACAGCCUUACGAACCAUUAUACAAACCGUCAUAUCCAUGGAUAGAGAAAAUUCAUUAGUCGGAAAUCUAGUUUCAGUUAUGUUAGCAAUAUUCAGACAAAUGACUCAACAACAUUAUGAGAUUUAUAUAAACCACUUUGGAACUAAAUUCGACUUGCUUGACUUCCUCAUGGAAAUAUUAUUGGUGUUUAAAGAUUUAGUUUCAAGAAGCGUGUUCCCGAAUGAUUGGUGUGACAUGAUAAUGCUUCAAAACAGCAUAAUUUUGAAGUCACUGCGUUUUUUCUCUGGUACGAUCAGAGAUUGUUUCUUUACUAAUUUCGAGCAGCAGGCUUGGUCGAAUUUUUUCCAUUGUGCAAUCGCGUUCUUGACUCAGCCGGCUUUGCAGUUGGAAACGUUCACAUCAUCGAAACUCAAUCGCAUUGUUUUGCGUUACAACGAUAUGCGCAGAGAGACAGCUUUCGAAAUUCGUUCGAUGUGGUUCAAUUUGGGACAACAUAAAAUAUUGUUUGUCCCUGCGCUGGUAGGAGCGAUAUUAGAAAUGGCGUUAAUUCCGGAAAGCGAAUUAAGAAAGGCAACCAUACCCAUAUUCUUUGAUAUGAUGCAGUGCGAGUAUUAUAGUUCACGCAUUGUCGAAGGGUACGGGGACACGAAAAGGGAUGCUACUCAUAUAAAAGCUAAUUUUACAGAAUACGAGAACGAAAUGAUUGCGAAAUUGGAUAUAUUGGUUGAGGGGGGAAGAGGAGAUGAACAAUUUCGAACUCUAUGGGCACAAGUGAUGGGUGAUCAUUGCGAGAAUCAUUCAACCAUGCGAGAACAAGGUUUACGUUUCGUCGAUACAAUAUCCAAACUCAUGGAGCGAUUGCUACAGUACCGUGAUAUCAUCCAUUCAGAGUCUCAGGAACAUAGAAUGUUAUGUAUUGUGAACUUAUUAGAAUUUUACUCCGAUAUAAAUAGGAAAGAAAUGUAUAUCAGAUAUGUAAAUAAGCUUUGCGAAUUGCACCUAGAGUGUGAUAAUUACACCGAAGCAGCAUACUCAUUGAAACUACAUAGUCAAUUAUUAGCAUGGAGCGAUCAGUCGUUGCCACCUCUAUUACGAUCGCACAGGUACUUGUCAUGUCAAACGCAUCGUGAAUUGAAAGAAGCAUUGUAUAACGACAUGAUUGAUUAUUUUGAUAAGGGUAAGAUGUGGGAAUGCGCACUCGGCGUGUGCAAAGAGCUUGUCGCGCAAUACGAAGAAGAAACGUUUGAUUACCUACAGCUCUCUAUGUUGUUGCAACGGAUGGCUAAGUUUUAUGAUGCCAUAGUAAAACAACUACGACCGGAACCAGAAUAUUUUAGAGUCGCUUAUUAUGGUCGCGGGCAUCCUGCAUUUUUACAGAACAAGGUAUUUAUUUACCGUGGAAGGGAGUACGAGAGACUAAGCGAUUUUUGUUCGCGAACGUUAAAUCAGCUACCAAAUGCGGAACCAAUGAACAGACUGUGUCCUCCUACUCCAGAGAUACUAGAGUCUAAUCAUCAGUAUGUACAAAUUAAUAGAGUGGAUCCUCUAAUGGAUGAAAAAAGGCAUCGACUCAGCGGGAAACCUAUAACAGCGGAAGCAGUUCUCAGAUAUCACAGAGUGAACGAUGUUCAACGUUUUCGAUUUUCGAGGCCAGCGCCGAAGAAGGAUAUACUCUUAGUUAUGGCAAAUUCUGGUGACAAAGAAAGGGAGACUGUUGCUAACAAUGAAUUCGCUUCACUAUGGUUGGAAAGGACAGUAUUAGUUACAAGUUAUCCCUUGCCAGGCAUUCUCAGAUGCUUCCCUGUUACGUCUAGCGAAACUUACUUAGUUAGCCCCCUUCGUAACGCGAUAGAAACGAUGGAAGCUACAAACAGUAUGUUGCGAGAUUUAAUUAUAGCGCACAAAGCGGAUCACAGUCUUCCACUUAACCCUCUCAGUAUGAAAUUGAAUGGCAUACUGGACCCAGCGGUAAUGGGUGGCAUAGAUAACUAUGAGAAAGCUUUUCUUAAUCCUGAAUAUCGUACUUCUCAUCCAGAAGAAAACUCAGAUCUUCUCAAGCUAGAAGGAUCGAUUGCUGAUCAGAUACCUUUGUUGAGCGUUGGUUUGCAAUUGCAUAAAACACGCGCUCCUUUCGAAUUGACACCGUUCCAUCAACGUCUGGAACACUGUUUUGCAUCCAUGCGAAGUCAAGUUGAAGCAAAAUACGGAAAAAGGACUUGCGAUUUACAAUUCGAAACUUUGUCUCAAACUGUCACUAUGCGAAGACCGCAGUCGUCAAAGGGAGACAGUCAUCGUUUGUCAGAGUCAAACAUAACAAAUUCAGACUGUGGAACUCACUCCAGGGUAUCCUCUCUUACAAGAUCUCAAGUUGCAACAUUCAAGUCGUUCGCAUCAUUCAAUUUUAACAACAGUACACCGCCUUCCGGUACUCAGAACGUCAGUUUAUCAAGAAACGCAUCAAUACGUUCGCACAUCUUGUCAACGGCCUCUCUGCAGAAGGCACUAGGAAGCCCAAGUCCAGGAACAAAUAAAAAAAAGGAUUCAAAGCGUAGGAGUUCACGGAAAAGUGACUCUUCUACCUCAACCAAAAAUGAUCAACCAACGAGUCAAUGGUACACCACACCGGAAGUCUCGCAAUGUAUAUCAAGUCCUAUUACACCAUUAAUAUCCAGUUUUCCUACAACACCAAUAUUCGAACUUCGUCAAGAGCUAACACCAAAACGUCCUUUGAGAUCGGAAAUCGAAAAAGAGAGGAGAAUAAGCAAUCGGUUGUCUGGCCAAUCUCAACAUUACUUAAGGAAUAUAAACAACGGCACGGAUUCGAGUAGUUUAGGAAAAGGAAAUAGGGACAGUAUUGGCACAACAGAUAGCACGGCGUCCGAGGACGAUCCACCGCCACCUUUGCCUGUAAAAACACGCGAAGCCGAUUAUUGUAAUCUUCCGGACGAAUUACCUGCUUCCCAUUGCGGAACAGGUAGCUUGAAUAACUUGAACAGACCUCUAGGGCAUUGGUCAAAAAACAAACUUCCAACACCAACAGAUGAUCUUGACGUUCAGACGAAACCGCCUACACCACCACCGAAACCAAAAAGACCGCCUUACAGUUUAAAUAAGCUCAUGCUUUCUACCGGUGAUGCAGAUAAUUUUAGUCGAGAUCCGUCCGUAACUUGACAUAAUUUCUUUUCAUGAUCAUUUUUCUUGCCAGUAUACUGAGUCUAAUAAUAAUAUUUAUAGGAAUCUUUUAUCCCGAACAAUAUUUAGAACGAGCUUGAACAUAUUUUGUGUUCAACAGUGUCGAUGCGGUUUAGAAUAUUACAUAUUCUAAAUAUAACCUUAACAUAUAAUGGAAAAGGAUUUACAAUCCUUUUAAUUGAUAAAGACUUCAAAAUUGAACGCAGUAAAAAUUACACGUUAAUUUGAUUAGGAAUAAUAUAAAAUCUAUUUUACAAUAUUUUUAUGACAUCAGUAUAUCGGAAUACCUGAGAGAUAAUAGAUCUAUUCUAUACUUGUUCUGUGGUUUCACAGUGGAUGAGUAGAAAGUUACCAUUUAUACUUCUUGUCUGUACCUUUGCCUCCUGUAUAAAUACGAAAGCGUUUACUAAUAUCGCCAGUAACUAACAAAUUAUAUAAGAUUAUUAAUGUUCUUUAUAUAUAAAUAUUAGUUGAGCUUUGCCUUUAUUCCAUCCAAUUUAAGGAACUUCCGAACAAAUUAUGUACAUCACUAAUAGAAUCGUGACAAAAAUAUGCGAUUGUUUAUGGAAGCACAUUUUUCCAUUUAUAUAAUUUAAUAAUUGUACAAACAUAUCUACAGAAACGAAAACAAGAUGUCCUCCUUACAUUUGAAUGUUAAAUUACAUAGUGCACGUAUUUAAAAAAUCAAUGUCAUCAAUAUGAAAAUUUGUUCAUUCAUAAAAGACUUCAUCCUUCGUAAGAUAUAUAUAUAUAUAUAAAUUAUGCAUAACACAAUGA